AUGAGGAUUAGCUCAAAGAUCCUAGUGAUAUUACGCAACUUUUUGCAGACAAUAAGCACUCUCCCGAGUAUUACCUAUAAUAGAAAUAUAUAUAUCCUACCGGAGAUUAUAUUUAAUCUAUCGCUUAUUCUUAGUCCCUAUAUCUUCUUACUAGGGCUGCUUUUUGCAGACCGUGCCUUUAAGAGAGUUAAAGGAGAGGAGGUCCUAAUAUCCGUAGAAUAG